CUCUCUCUGUCUCCCUUUGUCUCUCUCUGUCUGUCUGUCUCUCUCUGUCUAUCUCCAGGCCACCCUGUCCUCCAUGCACCUGUCUCACCUCCACUCCUCCACCCGUCCUCCAGUAACAGCGAGGGUUCUCCUCCACCGCUCCUCCUCCCGUCGUCUCCUUCAGGAGGCCGCCGCCCCCGAGCGACGCUCCUCCCUCAUACCCACAAUUCCCGAGGCCACGCCCCCUGAGAGGCGGCGCCAGUUCAGGAGACGCAACGUCAUGUCAUUGAGUGAUGCCUACAGUGUGUGUCUCAUCUGUCAUCAUGAGUUGAGUCGAGGAGCCGGAGGAACGAGAGAACUGGAGUGUUCACACACCUUCCACAGAGAGUGUAUAGAGGAGAGGUUAUGGAGGAAACACUCAUGUCCUACGUGUCACGUUCAGGUCUCUGUACCGCACGUGCAGUAUUUUAAACUAUUUUAGUUGUUCAUAUUUUUCAAUAAAGUUUGAUUGUACGCGUUGGAGGAAAAAGUGUUUAAAUUCUUAAUACAACUUUAUUUAAAAUGUGAGUAAGUUUGAAAUGAAAGUCUCAUAAAAUAAUGUUUAAAUAAAUAAAAGAAGCAGAAUAAAGUCUAGUUUUGAGUGGCUCUGUCUGAGGAGGAAACAGCGCCCCCUCUGCUCUGCCCGCUCGCGCUGCGGUUGGAGGCGGUACUGCAGGCGGAAGUGCUGCACCUGUUGAAGCGUUGACUCUUUUUAACGACACCUGAGGCUGAAAACACACCUGUGGAGCUUUUGGAGGAGUCACGAGCGGGAAGAAACGGAGGUGAUGGAUAAAUUAAAGAAGGUACUGAGUGGACAUGACGAAGGAAACAACGAUGGGACCGGAAUCAUAGAGAGAGCCAAUCAGGCUUCUACGUUGGCCUGGGGGACCCGUAUGAAAGGCUUCAUCGUCUGCUUCGUUCUCGGCAUCGUGUGCUCCGUGCUGGGGAGCUGCAUGCUGUGGAUUCCUCGCGUCGGCCUCGCUGUGUUCGCCGUCCUCUACAGCGUGGGAAACGUCAGCGCUCUGGCCAGCACCAUGUUCCUGAUUGGUCCGUGUCGACAGCUGAAGACCAUGUGUGCUAAAGAGAGAGCGUUAGCUACCGUCAUCAUGAUGGUUUGUCUGGCGUUGACACUUUGUGCUGCAUUCUGGUGGAAGAACAACGGUCUCGCCCUGCUCUUCUGUGUCCUCCAGUUUCUGGCCUUUGCCUGGUAUAAAAACUUACAUACAUAUGUUUAUUAGUGCUGGGCAAGUUAACGCAUUAUUUUCGCGUUGAUGCAUUCAUUAAUUAACGCCGACAAUUAUUUUA